GAACUGAUUGAAAAGAGCGGAGUUCGUGGCAGAAGUCAAACUGGUCUGGGACGCUGAGGAAAGCCACAGGACCACAUUCCCAUUGAACUGGAGCAGACAGUAGUCGUGAACGACGGAGCCUGGACCGCGCGGUGAAGAGAUCUUGAAAGCCAGAGUUACGGGGUUAACAUACCAGUGGAAAUCCUUCCUUCCCAGUGUUCUAGAACCAUGAGCAGUAACUACAGUGUGUCCCUGCUUGGCCCGGCCCCAUGGGGCUUCAGGCUGCAGGGGGGGAAAGACUUCAACAUGCCACUCACUAUCUCCAGGCUCACGGACCUGGGAAAGGCAGCCAAGGCACGUAUCGCAGUGGGCGAUGUGGUCCUGUCUAUUGAUGGCAUCAGUACUGAUGGAAUGAACCACCUGGAAGCUCAGAACAAGAUCAAGGCCUGCGCUGGCAACCUCAACCUCACCCUGCAAAGAGCCUCCACCAUCCCGAAACCUGCCGUGGCCCCGAAGGUCGAGCCAUCAGAGAUCAUUAAGCCUGUGGCAAUUAUCAGCCACCACCCCCACCACCAUCCCACUGAGCCCACCAGUCUCACCCCCAGCGUUCCACACAACAAAACUGCCCGGCCCUUUGGGGGCUGCGGGGGAGAGGACAGGGACUACCCCAUCGCACGCUCCCCCCAUUCCGCCUUCAUUCCCUCUGCAUCCUCUGCCUUCACCCCCGCCACCCUAGCCCGCACUCCUCCUCCACCCCAGCCCCUCUUCCCUUUCUCGUCCUGCUCCUCACCCCCCUCCCUCCCUGCCGCACCCCAGCCCUCUGUCUAUAACACGCCCUUCAACCUCUACUCCAACGAGAACGCCUGCGAGGUGGCCAUGGGCCAGAGGCGGGGCCUAACGGAGAGCCAGGGAGGAGCUGUGCAGUUGAACGGUGGACCACACAGCAUUCUGAAGACAACUCCACCUAAAAGGGUUCCUAGGAAGCCCAUUCUGGAGACAGACAUUGAGUUCUACCACGUGCCUUCCCAUGGAGACGCCAGCAAGAAGCGCCUGAUGGAAGACACAGAGGACUGGCAUCCCCGCAGUGGCACCACCCAGUCCCGCUCCUUCCGAAUCCUGGCCCAGAUCACCGGCACUGAACACCAGCAAGCACAGGAGAGUGAUGCGGAGAACAAGACAAACAGUUCCCUUUUGACACCGCUAGAGGGCGAUGGUGACCUAGGAGAGAUUCAAGCCAUUGGGUGGGAUUGGGAAGCUAGUGAUGUCCAUCACAAUGACUUCUCCUCUACUACAGACCAUAUACAUACGGCUCCUCUCUCACCUAUGCACAGCCCCUCUGCAGUACAGCCACUGACACAUCUUUCUCCUGUGUCUGCAGUACAGCCACUACUCUCCCCAAAGCCAGUGAGGUACGGGAAUCAUACCAAUCUACUCUGUCCCAGUGUCCUUAUCAGUGUAAAGUCUGCUGCCCCUUUUCCUCUGUUCUAUGGGUGCAGGCGAGAGCUCCUGUUGAACCCACUGGAGUUCCUCCCUCGAGGUGGUCCCUGCGCAGCGGCCCUCACCCCUAGUGCACCGACUCUGGCUAUACGGUCCCAUUCUACUGUUAUUGGUUUACAGGCCAGAACCCCGCACAGGUCACCUGAGGGGACGGUCUCUCAGUCCCUAUUGGAUGCCUUGCUCAUUACGCCUAUCACCACCCUCCCGCCCCUCCGUCUGAGGAAGAAGAAGCGUCGGAGUGUUAGUGCCUUACACCUGCCCAACAACAAGAGAGUCUCCUGGCACCAAUCAGUCACUGAUCUGGGUGACCCCAACCUCUCCUCUCCUGUCAAUGCUGUCUAUAUCUUUAGUGAGGAGGUGGAGGAGCCAGAGACCAGUUCUCACAUGUCGUCUGCAGUCAAAACCAUGACCAAAGGACCUGCUGGCAGCCCCAACAACCCCAUCACCUUUACCACCACUAAGGGUUCAGGUUUCCCUAAACCAGGCCUUCAGACAUGUUUUGGGGUGAGGGGGAACGGCACCACCAAUUUUCGCCCUAAGGGCCCUGUCCCAGAGAGGCCGGCCCCCCAGCCCCAUCCCAAAGACCAGGACACUCUGGUGCAGAUGGCCGAACACAUCCCUGCAGGGACACGCACGCCCAUGUGUGGCCACUGCAACAUGGACAUCAGAGGGCCGUUCCUGGUGGCCAUGGGAAAAUCCUGGCACCCCGAGGAGUUUAACUGCGCCCACUGCCGGACCUCCCUGGCAGACAUUGGCUUCGUGGAGGAGCAAGGCUCGGUCUACUGUGAACACUGCUACGAGGACUUCUUCGCACCUUCCUGUAGCCGCUGCCAGAUGAAGAUCCUGGGGGAAGUGAUCAACGCCCUGAAACAGACCUGGCACAUCCAUUGUUUCCUGUGUGCAUCGUGCCAGCAGCCCAUUAGGAACAACACCUUUCACCUGGAGGAUGGAGAGCCCUACUGUGAAAGAGACUAUUACUCCCUUUUUGGUACCAGUUGCCAUGGUUGCGAGUUCCCCAUAGAGGCAGGGGACAAGUUCUUGGAGGCUCUGGGCUUCACCUGGCAUGACACCUGUUUUGUGUGUGUGAUCUGCUGCACCACUCUGGAGGGUCAAGCCUUCUUCUCCAAAAUGGACAAGCCUCUGUGCAGGAAACAUGCACAUUGUGUGGUGAAAAUCUGAGCAAGGACAGG